AUGGAAAACAUUGAGCAGUCUAAACUGCAUGCGAGGCACACUAUGGGUAUAUCAAGUAGUAAGGAAAGGAGACAAUGGUGUAUAAAUGCAGGAGGCUCAGAAAGUAAUAAAUGGGAACCACAGAGCAAGAAAUCUGGAAAGGGGCAGCCAUUGGAUGUUGCGGCUCGAGGGUAUGAGGAAGCCCGUCACUCUCAGGGCCUUUCAGAGACAGCAAGAAAUGAAAAGUCGUUAAUCGUCAAAAAUAAAAAUGAAAAAACAUAUACAGUAGAAGAACCCAACGCGAGGCACAAACAGUCUUCACCCCCGACUGAAUGGCCGUCUCUAUUGUCAAGGCUGGCAGUCCGAGCAGAUCCCACAAUGCAGACGGGAAUGCUCUUCUCCAACCUUCCUCGAGCAGUUGCAGUCCCGAGAGAAGAUGGUUUCGAUGGCACCGCAUCGAUAGUAUAG